CACGCCGCACUGGACAUAUCCAUGUUCAUACGGACCCGCAAGCCCACCGGACAGAUAUUCUACCUGGGCUCCAUGCCGAGGUACGGUCAAACCGAGGAGACGCUGGUCGGCGCGUCGCUCAAAGGCGGCGAGUUGCUCGUACAUUUGCGUUUCAACCAGACCCCGGAGGACUACACGGUGGGAGGCACCAGGCUCGACAACGGGAACCUACAUCUUAUACAGGUUGUGAGAAACUCAACGUUGGUGCAAGUGAAAUUGAACGGGACGGAAUACUUCAGGAAAUCCAUUUCGGCUGCGAAACAACUGGAUGCUCAGGUGCUGUACUUAGGCGGGCCGCCCCCGCCCCCGCCCGAGGCGAGCACGCCCUCGCCCUCCCCCGCGCCCGGCCCUGCCGCCCCCGCCGACCCCCUCCCCACGCCCCCCACCCCGCGGGUGCCCAUCGACGCCGACUACUUUAAAGGCGUCAUACAAGAUGUCCAGAUCUCGAACGGCGUGAACGUGACGAUAGUGGAGUUCUUCCCGCUCCGCGUGUCCGGCCUCCGUCUGCCGCUCUCCUUCGGCGACGUGACGCUCGACCCGGCCGGCGUGCUGCCCGGCGAGGUGUCCGACGACGCGUGCGCGUCCAGCCCGUGCCUGCACAACGCCACCUGCAGCGUCACGUGGAACGACUACACGUGUUCGUGCCCCCGGGGCUACAAGGGCAAGCAGUGCGCCGAGGUGGAGUUCUGUCAGCUGCAGGCUUGCCCGCUCAACUCGCACUGUCGGAACCUAGACGGGGGCUACGAAUGCAUAUCGAACGCUACGUUCGACGGCGUGAACACGACUCUGGGCUACCGUCUGCGGCGGCCGCGCUCGCUGCAAGACUACUCCGACGUACACCCGCCCGCCUCCAUCACCAUCACGUACAGGACGAAACUCGGCGGCACCCUCUUCAGAGCGGAGAGCGUCAGCGGACCGGACUCCUGGUUCACUGUCGGCGUGUACAAGGAGCAGGCCUCUCUGGAGUGGCGGCUCGGCGGGGCCUGGCCGGAGAAGAGGUCAAUUCGGCGAUCACUUCAGACGCACUCGCAGUGGAGUGUUCUCAAGAUAGCUGUAGCAAGAGAUAUGCUCACUGCGGCAUUUGUAGAUAACACGGGGCACGAUGAGAUCACCACGACGUCGCCAAUAGACCAAACGGCCUGGCAGCUGUUGCUGACCGACGGACGGAUAUACCUCGGCGGCUCGGCGCCGCAGGAGCACAUACUGCAGCCCGCUGUCGAAACGUCAACAGAACAAAACGUGUUCGAGUACACGGAGGGAGACGGGUUCACAACCGACAACGACGCCGGCAAAUACUUUAAGGGCUGUAUGGGCGCUGUGUACGUGGGUUCUCUGUUGUUACCGUUCUUCACCGACGAGGAGCUGUAUGUCGGCAAGACGGCGGCUAAACUCGACGCGCAACCCCACUACGAACUGAUAAGCGGCCGCCCCUGGGGCACCGCCGACGGCGGCACCACCAUCGGCUGCGUGCUGUGCCUCGAGCAGGACUGCGCUCGAGGCGGCCGCUGUGAAGACGUCCGCUCCUCGUACGCGUGCGCGUGUCCCGCAGGUUACUCCGGUGAUUACUGCGAGACCGAUAUAAACGAGUGCUUGCAUAACAAAUGCCAGAAUGGAGCAACGUGUCGUGAUCUCGUAGCCAACUAUACCUGCGAAUGCCCUGAAGGAUUUACCGGACAAUUUUGCGAAACGGACAUCGACGAGUGCGCGUCCACACCGUGCGAGCACAGCGGCACGUGCACGGACACGCCGGGCGGCUUCGUGUGCACGUGCGCGAGCGAGUGGCGCGGCGACCGCUGCGAGACGCCGCGCGAGCGCACGUGCGCGCACCAGCCGUGCCAACACGGAGCCACUUGUAGGGACGUGCCAGACGCACCGCGAGGCAACAACUACACGUGCACGUGCUCCAGCGGUUGGGUCGGCGUGCACUGCGAGCGCGCGUUUUGCGAGCUGCAACCGUGCGAGCACGGAGCAUGCGUCGCCGACGGGGAGGUCCCGGCCUGCUUGUGCGAGCCCGGGUUCACCGGCGUGCAUUGCGAGACAGAGAGGGACGAGUGCGCGGAGGGGGAGGGGGGCUCGCAGCGCUGCCUGCACGGCGGCACCUGCCGGCACACGCGAGGCGGGUUCCUGUGUGUGUGCCCGCCAGCCUGGACAGGCCUCCACUGCGAGGCCGACGUGAACGAGUGCGACAAGGACAGCGUGAGCUGCGGCCCCACGGGCACGUGCGUCAACCUACCCGGCUCCUACAUAUGCCAAUGCGAGCGCGGCAAAUGCGGUCACGAGUGCGCCCUGGCCGACCCAUGUUACCCGCCGGGCAACGACACGGGCCCCUGCGAGCACGGCGGCGGCUGCACGCAGCGCUGCAGCGACGUGCUCGACUACACGUGCGAGUGCAUCGACGGCUGGGCGGGCAAGAACUGCUCUCAGCAGAGCGUCGCAUCGGAGUCGGAAGGCGGCGCCUCGACGUCGGCCACGGUGCUGAUCGCGGUCGGGUGCGCGCUGCUCGCCGCCGCGCUGGCGGCGCUGGCGCUCGGCGCGCUGUGCGCUCAGGCGAGACGCAAGCGCGCCACCAGGGGGACUUACAGCCCCUCGGGGCAGGAGUACUGCAACCCGAGGGCGGAGAUGUUGCAUCACGCGCUCAAACCGCCUCCGGAGGAGCGGCUCAUUUAAAGAUCCGAGCCCUGAGCGGUCACCGCUCGACCAAACGCCAAGUACCUGUGCGGGGUGAUACUCCACGACCCGGCAUUGCCCGCUAACCAAACUUUAUAUUAUGUACUUACACAAUGUAUUGUCGGUAUUAGCUAAUUAAAAUCAGGUUCGGUGGAUUUUAAUAUGCUAAAUUCCCAUUUUGUAGAUAUUCUAAAAUUUUAAGGUGACUAUGAAUUUUCAAAAAAUGUGACUAUGAACUACUAGUAUAGACUAUUAAAACGAACUAUUUUCAGAUAUGUCAUAAUUGAGAUAUUUAAUGAAAUUAUCGUUUAAUAAGAGAAUGAUAGAUUUAAAGGUGAUGUCAUUUCUACGCUAGACUAUGGACGUAAAAGUAAAAUAAACAGAAGCAAGAAUUAGCAUUUACAGAGUUGCGUGCGCUAGUUGUUAAACUAGGACCUAAGUCUAAACCUAAAACUAAAUUAUACUUUACAAUUUUUUUUAUGAAGCAGAAACGUCAAUUUUUCCUAAGCGUUUACGGAAAUUGAUAAUUGUGAACGCAUUACGGACACAAAGUUUUGCGGAUAUUAUUUUCUAAUGUGUACCCACAGCGCUGCAUUCAAAUAAUUAUAUCUUAGAACGAAUUCUCGGUAACGGUUUACACGUACUAGUUUAAGCGAGACAUUUUUUAAAUAAAGUAGAUUCCAGUGAAAUUACAUUUGUUACAGCGAAUAUGUCGUGUAGUGUGAAAAGAUCAAGCAAUCAAGUAAUUAUGAUAUUCCGCACGAUCUUAACGAUAUUUUGUCAAAUUAACAUCAUAAAAAGCCGGUUUAAUUAAACAGUUCAUUAUAAGUUUUACUUCCGUCGUGUGUAUUACUUAGCAUUACGGAGAAUCCGUUCUGAUAUAUAAUCUAUAAACGUAAAAGUCCCGACUGACUGACUCACUUAAAUCAACGCCCAGCCCAAACCGUUGGACCUAGAGAGCUGAAUUUUUCACAAUAGGUAGUUUUUAUAACGUUAGUAUCCACUAAGGGGUUUUUCAAAAUUCAUCCCCUAAGGGGAUGGAAUGAGGGUUCAAGUUUUAUUUUAAGCUAUGAAUUCGAACCUUGGGUAAAAGGGUCUACUUUCUUGCGCGGACCGUUUAAAAAAUCUAACUACUUUAGUCCGCCGUAUAGACAACAGACUUGGAAUUAACAAAAAACUUCAAAAUUCCAAACUUAGAAAGUUUUCUUUCUUAGUCUACGGUGUGCCGACUAAUGAUAAUAACGACCAGCGUCGGCAAAGUAGUAACGUGUUUUUCGAGUCGGUGUGUCGUCUUAAGAAGUUGCAUUGGUUUGUAGACAAAUUUCGUGGAUGUGUGGGAUCAGCAUUUGGAAGCAUUGGCUAUGAAUUGUAAGGAAUUGUUGGGUGUGCGCACGCCUUGCAACCGAAUAACUAAAGUCGGACUUGCCGCGCUCAGCUUAUAUAGAAGCGGCCUUGAUGACGACUCCAUAGUCGCGUGUGUCUGCGCGUGCCCGAAACUCGUGUGGCUGGACAUAUCCGACAGAAGCGUAUCGGACAUCGUAAUAGGACGCAUAGCGGAGGAGCGGCGCGACAUGCGCGCGAACUUGCGCGGGAGCAAGUACGCCAGCGACAACGACAACAAUCUACGCUUUAAACUGCAGCUGCUGGUUGACCCUUUGAAGAGCCAGUUGGAGCUUUUAUUAAGUCCAUUGAGUCCAUACAGAGCGAGACCUCUUGGUCUACACAGACCAUUACGUACACAGAUUAAAAAAUUCUACCCAUCUGUUUUAAGGGAGUCCCCUCUGCCAACAAAUAGUCUAACCCGUUCGUAUAAAGAUACCGCAAAUCGAUGUACAGGUUAGCCGUUUGGCACACACAUACUAGAGGCCAAAACAAAAUUUUUAACCCGAAGUUCCUAAAAAAAAUUCGCU